CAGCACAAUGAUAGCUGUUUCGACUGCAAAUGGAUACAUCUUGUUUUUUGAAAUCCCAUCAGCAAGAGACAAGUAUCUUUAUGAACCAAUGUAUCCAAAAAACUUAAGACUAAUGUAGACAAGUUAUAUUACUUUACUUGCCUCUUUGGAGAACUGAAUAGCAGUUUUCAACCUGACUUCACAUCCGGCUUACUGUCAUCAGGGGAAGAGGCAGACAGCCUGCUGCUGCAACUUGUCCAAAUAAAUAAAGUGGUAGUAUAUCCUUGUCUGUACAUUACAUAAUGCAGAAAACUAAGCAGUAGCUUGUUGUGAGUUUUUCUUGUUCUUUUUGGAAAGUUGGGAGGCGUUUUAAUUGGCAAAAUCUGAAAACUUAUGGAAAUACAUAUAAAACACAUUGUAAAAGUUGAAAAAGAAGUUUUGGAAAGUUUGCUUAGAAUAUCACUUGUAGGAAGGUUUGCAAAUACCUAUUAAGCCAUCAGUGACUAACCAGCCUAACUUUUAUAAACUUAUAUAAAGCUUUUAUAAAACUUUAGUAAUUGAUAUGAAUUUUUGAUGAGAAAAUGCAUGUUUUAGUUGUUAGUUGUGUGUUGAACAAUCAGGUUUUUAAAAUAUGUUUGUAUAGCCCAAAAAUGACUAUAAUGCAAAUUCUGUAGAUGAGUAGGACAAGGUGUUUGUCCUUAGUGUGUUUAUAAUAGGUUGCUCACAGUCUCCUAAGACUAAUGUGUGAGCUUACCUUUGAGAAGAUGAAUGAUUUCACUGAAUGUACUGGGAUUACUAGCUUGUCUAUACUUAGCCCUCAAUUUUGAAAACCUAAAUAAAAUCACUACUGUUCUGAUUAUAUUAGAUCAAAAAAAAGAUCCAGGCAUUUGUGGGUGAAUUGUGCCUCCUGUGAUUAAUGUCAAAUGAUUCUUUAAGUUAUUAAAAUGGAAUGAACUUCUUUUGCAGGUGCAGAUAAAGUGCACUGGCUGUAGGCAGUCUCACUAAUUUACAUUGUAGAGCAAAUACUUGGCAGGGGUUAAUCAAACAAAAAACCGCCAAUCUAAAAUGAACAAACAGACAAAUGAGACCAAAAGCUAGAAUUGAAACUUUUAUCUUUCUUUUGGCAUAUGUUCAUUUUCCAAAGGCAUUAUUUCAUUGAAAUGGUUGGAUUUCACUUCUGCUGGGCUGAACAAUACCAAGUUAGUUUUCUUCACUCUGAAGCCAUUAGAGAUCAGUGAAAGGCCUUGUAUGUGACUUGCCUCAUGCUUGAAAAGGGACAUCUUACUGUUUUCACCCCCUGUAACAGUUUGUUCUUGGCUCCUUCCUCUGUGUUGGCAGCAGUGAUUAUGCAGCUGUGCCUUGAGUAAAGUCGGGUUGUUGACCUGAUGGGGAAACUAAACCUGCCUAUCUCCCUUUUUUAACCCUCCCUGUCCCCUACCCUGGAUUCUAGUAGCUUAUUUUGCAAGUUGGCCUUUAAUAAAAGGCUGGCAUUUGAAAUGGUGACUUUGAAGUAGCAUUGAGUAGCUACACUGAGAAGUUGAAAAACAUGAAGUGGCUGCUCAGUAAUACUUGUAUAAAUGUUAUGAUUCAUGGUAAAGCAAUUGCUUGGAACAUUUUUACAGUCAUGGAGAUAUUAAUUAGGACUCUUCCAGCUCUGUCUUGUGUGGUUAUUUACCUAUGCUAGGCAAAAUGAGAGAGAGGGUGAUGACUUAUGGAAGAAGUAUGAGGGAGUCCUUGCAUUAGCGAAGUGACAGACAGCUGCUGGAAACAAGUCAGUAAAAACUGAGAUGAAUGUUCAGUCAUGUCCUACUUUUUAAAAUUAUUACUAAUUCUUAACAUUUAUUAAGUUCUGAUAUCUACUAACUUUUUGUAAGCAGAAUGAACCCUGUUCUUUAGUAGCCUUUCUUUAAAUAAUAGUAGCCAGUUCUUGCAGAAAUACAAAAUUUCAAUGUCAUGACUACAAUGAGAAAGGGAAACCCUCUUAAUACAACUUCUUCUUGAACAGACUUCUUAAGCUGUGCAUGUCAAUAUAACAAGGAGGUCAUGCACUGGGAAUAGACACCAGUAACUUCCUCAGCUGCGCCAAAAUACUGGUCUAGCGCAAAAUUUCCUAGUUUAGUUGGUAUCCUGAAAAUUGAAAUUGCAGCUAGGUUUGUUAACAUGCAGGUGAAAAUAUUGAGAAUGGUUGUGUUUAGAUCCUUUUGUCAGCUUAGCUCUCAUUUAAACAAACUGUGCAUAUUUUACCAUAAAUGAAAGAAAAAGUGGGUAGUCAGAAAAGCAGGUGCUAGGUAUAUGAUGGGUCAUUUCUUGACUUCAGUAGUUUUUUGCAGUCUUCAAGUUUGGGACACUGGUUACUGAAGUAAAGUAACUUCAUGUGGUAUUGGUACUUUUUUAAUAACUGCUUUAAAAUUAGAUUGAUAAUGGUUUAGCUUUGAUUUGAAGAAAAGGAUCAAAUGAGUUGCUGAAAGUCAAAAUCACUCAUCAGUUGUCUGUCUGGGAGAGGGAUGUUUGUUGAGAACAUGUCCUUCCAAUUUAUAGUUACUUUAAUACAUAUAGCUGUUGAGCAACAUGGACCAGAAGGGCUUGCCUAUCUCUGGUGUGUUAAUAGAGCUAUUCUAGCAUACAGCUGUUGUGUAAACUGUAAUUUGCACUUAUGAAAGUUUUUUAUUGAUCCAACUUAAACAAAAUGCUUCAAUGUGGAAAGCAAAACAAAACUGUAUGAGAAGUGACAGAAACACUUGUGCUGUUUGUAACUCAGUAUGCACUGUAGUAUAUCUAAUCGCAACAUGAUUUUUUUUCAGGGCCAAGUCUCUCUUUUUUUCUCAAUCUAAUCAGUACAUGUUUAGUAAAAGAGCUAAAGUGUGAAUUGAGGCUAAGAUGCUGUCCUGUUUGAAUGCCUGAGUCUUUGCUUUUCCUUUUCUUUCAGUAUUAUGAAAUACAGAGGUUUUGGAAAGUAAGGUUGAGUGAACUUCCCUUGCACCCUGCUAUUGUUUGUUUUAAACCAGACAGAAUCUGACCUUAGGAAAAUUGAUUUCCUGUUUAAAAAUGCACAUUUCACAUGAUUGUCUUCUUUUCACAUCAGCCAGUUGUAAUGGUCUCUAUAUUCUGAAAUCCGGUGUUUUAAUGGAAGUACUAAAAUCCAAAAUUAACAUCUGUGCCAGGAGCCCACAAAUCUGUUGAAGCUUGUUGUGUUAGUAACUGAGGACACAGCUCUUAUGAAAUUUAUGAAGGUUUAGUGGGAAAUACUUCUCAAACACUAUUUUAUACCUUUAGAGAUUUAAUCUAUAUGAAAGCUACUCAUGUAGGUAUGGUAAGAGCUAGUCAACUAACCUGUUCAGUAUUAUGCAUAUUACAUGUAAAAACCUUUUACUGGACUUAUAUGAUAAAACAAGUGCUCAUGCCAUAAGUGCAACAUAAGAAUAUUUAUAUAUAAAAAGGGAAGCUUUUCAUUUUUAGUGCUGGAAUCCAUUGGUAUUUUUUGUCAUAUUGUGAUAUUUUAGGAAUGUAGUUUUUCUGUCAAAGAAAAUGUUUCUAGCACUGUUGAUAUUUGGCUAGGAAUUGCCAGUCUGUUCUUGGAGUGAACUGUCAUUCAUACUUAAUGAAAACUUAGAGUAUCCUGCUUAAUUUGUGAGAAUAAAAACAGGGGGAAGAAAGCAAUAAUUGUAUGGUUUUUAGGUUUUUUUUUAAAUUGAGCCAGAGUACCCUGCAGUUUUAUUCCAGCUCUUGAAUGUUUUGCUCCAGUUCAGAGCGGAUUUGGAAGAGAAUCAGUAUUGGCCGUUAGCCCACAUUCUGGGAUAUUUUCCUACAGUGAGCACAAGUACAAAGUCCUGCUUCAAUUAGUUUGUUCUGGUUUUACCACCCAAUUCCUAAAGUAACUACAAGACAAAACAUGAAAAAUAAUGUAUGUAAGAGGAAGCCCUCAUCUGAAGGGAACCCCACAUUAUAAGGAAGAACAAUGUGCUCCUUCACUAAAUCUAGAAAUGAAGAAAGUGCUGGACUUGCAAGCCUCUAUCACAAGUUUGCAGUCCAUGUUAGAAGAUCUACUUGUGUCUACUGCUGAUGGAUUUCUCCAUCUCAUUCACUGGGAUGGUAUGACCAAUGGGAGGAAGGCCAUCAACCUGUGUACAGUUCCAUUUUCUGUAGAUCUGCAGUCUUCUCGAGCAGGUUCACUUUUGGGAUUUGAAGAUGUUUACAUCAGAGACAUGGAAUACUGUGCCACGCUUGAUGGCUUUGCUGUUGUUUUUAAUGAUGGCAGAGUCGGUUUCAUUACACCGAUGUCAAGUAGAUUCACUGCUGAGCAGCUCCAUGGUGUUUGGGCACAAGAUGUAGUUGAUGGAACUUGUGUGGCAGUGAAUAACAAAUACAGGCUAAUGGCGUUUGGAUGUGCCAAUGGCUCUGUGCAGGUUUAUACAAUAGAUACCACCACUGGCGCCAUGCAGUUUUCUCAUAAAUUGGAACUGACACCAAAACAAUAUCCUGAUAUUUGGAAUAAAACAGGACCUGUUAAACUAAUCAGAUGGUCACCUGAUAGCUGUGUUGUGAUGGUGACCUGGGAAUGUGGAGGUUUGUCCUUAUGGAGUGUUUUUGGUGCUCAACUUAUCUGUACUUUAGGAGGUGAUUUUGCGUAUCAAUCUGAUGGUGCCAAAAAGGACCCUCUAAAAAUCUGUUCCAUGACCUGGGGAUCAGAAGGGUAUCAUCUGUGGGUUAUUGAUGGGAAUUCUUCUUCAAACAUGAAACCUGAAAGAAAUGCAAAUAGUGAAGCUCAACAGUUUGGUAUUCUGCAGUUUCAGUUCAUCAAGAGUGCACUCACUGUUAAUCCUUGUAUGAGUAACCAGGAGCAAGUCCUCCUUCAAGGAGAAGAUCGCUUAUAUUUGAACUGUGGAGAUGCAGCACAGACUCAGAGUCCCAGAAAUACUUUGUCACACUCUGAACAUAACCACACCAGGGAAAGAGGCCCAUUUUCAGAUGGCAGUUUAGAUUCUCAGGGUUUAAGCACUUUACUAGGACACCGGCAUUGGCAUGUUGUACAGAUUCAUAGUACAUAUCUAGAGAGCAACUGGCCAAUAAGGUUUUCAGCUAUUGACAAGCUUGGACAGAAUGUAGCUGUUGUUGGCAAGUUUGGUUUUGCACAUUAUUCUUUACUCACCAAAAAAUGGAAGCUGUUUGGAAACAUUACCCAGGAGCAAACUAUGAUGGUAACAGGUGGCUUAGCAUGGUGGAAUGACUUCAUUGUUCUUGCAUGUUAUAAUUUAAAUGAUCACCAGGAAGAGCUGAGAAUCUACCUGCGAACGUCUAACCUUGACAAUGCGUUUGCUCACAUCACCAAAGUGCAAGCAAACACGUUACUACUGAGUGUCUUCCGGGACAUUGUGAUACUGUUCAGAGCAGAUUGUUCCAUUUGCCUUUACAGUAUUGAGAGAAGAUCUGAGGGUCUUAAUCCUACUGCCAGUAUCCAGAUUCUUCAAGAAGUGUCCAUGUCUCGGUACAUUCCUCAUCCUUUUCUUGUAGUAUCUGUUACAUUGACAUCAGUGAGAACAGAGACGGGCAUCACCUUGAAGAUGCCUCAGCAGGCUUGUGAAGCUGAAAGUAUUAUGCUUAACUUAGCAGGACAGCUUAUCAUGUUGCAGAGGGAUCGAUCUGGACCCCAGAUACGAGAUAAAGAUAAUAAUCCUAAUCAAAGAAAGCAUCUGCCUUUUUGUGCUCCAGUUGUCCUAGCCCAGUCUGUUGAAAAUGUAUGGACUACUUGCAGGAUUAACAAACAGAAACGCCACUUACUGGAGGCUCUGUGGCUCAGCUGUGGUGGGGCAGGUAUGAAAGUAUGGCUUCCCCUGUUUCCCAGAGAUCAUCGAAAACCGCAUUCCUUUCUGUCAAGACGGAUCAUGCUGCCUUUCCACAUCAACAUAUACCCAUUGGCUGUUUUGUUUGAAGAUGCCUUGGUUCUUGGUGCUGUUAAUGACACUGUGCUCUAUGACUGUUUAUACACUCAAACCAGUGCUAGAGAACACUUAGAGGUUCUCUUUCCUUUCUCCAUUGUUGAGAGAACCUCUCAGAUCUACCUCCAUCACAUUUUGCGCCAGCUCUUGGUUAGGAACCUCGGUGAACAAGCCUUGCUUUUGGCCCACUCCUGUGCCACAUUGCCAUACUUUCCUCAUGUACUAGAACUGAUGCUUCAUGAAGUGCUGGAAGAAGAAGCUACCUCGCGGGAACCCAUUCCCGACCCUCUCCUUCCCACUGUGGCGAAGUUCAUUACAGAAUUCCCCCUCUUCCUGCAGACAGUUGUUCAUUGUGCUAGGAAGACAGAAUAUGCCCUGUGGAAUUACCUUUUUGCUGCUGUUGGAAACCCAAAAGACUUAUUUGAAGAGUGCUUAAUGGCCCAGGACUUAGACACAGCUGCCUCUUACCUUAUUAUCCUACAGAAUAUGGAAGUUCCAGCAGUUAGCAGACAACACGCUACUCUCCUGUUUAAUACUGCCUUAGAGCAGGGGAAGUGGGAUCUCUGUCGUCAUAUGAUUAGAUUUCUUAAAGCCAUUGGCUCUGGAGAAACAGAAACACCCCCAGCUACACCAACAACUCAGGAACCUAGUUCAAGUGGUGGUUUUGAAUUCUUCAGGCAUCGCAGCAUUAGUUUAUCCCAGUCAGCAGAGAAUCUCCAUAGCAAAUUUAAUCUGACAAAAACACUGAGUAUGCCCUCUGGCCCAUCUGGAAAAAGGUGGAGUAAAGACAGUGACUGUGCUGAGAACAUGUACAUUGACAUGAUGCUCUGGCGGCAUGCUCGGCGUCUGCUGGAGGAAAUCAAGCUGAAAGACCUUGGCUGCUUUGCUGCACAGUUGGGCUUUGAGCUGAUCGGCUGGUUGUGCAAGGAGCGAGCCAGAGCUGCCCGUGUGGAGGAUUUUGUGUGUGCUUUGAAAAAGCUACACAAGGAUUUCCUCUGGCCAUUUCCAGUUAUACCAGCUUCAUCCAUUAAUUCACCUUUCAAGAAUGGAAAGUACAAGACAGCUGUGGGGGAGCAACUACUAAAAUCUCAGUCUACAGACACCUUUGUAAACAUGGAAAUGGACACAGGGAUUUCAAACACACCUCGCAGUCGCAGCUGGCUUGGUACUAUCAGCUCUUCUCAGAGAGAGAUCGACACUGUUUCAUCCCAUGGUCCACACAUGCAAGAUGCAUUCCUUUCUCCUUUGCUAAGUAAAGGUGAUGAAUGCAGCAUUGGUUCAGCGACAGACCUGACUGAAACAAGUUCUAUGGUGGAUGGAGACUGGACCAUGGUGGAUGAAAACUUCUCCAGUCUAAGUUUAACUCAGUCAGAGCUUGAGCAGCUCUCUCUAGAGCUGGCCAGUAAAGGGCCACACAAGUCACAGGUGCAGCUGCGGUAUUUGCUACAUAUCUUCAUGGAAGCAGGAUGUCUGGAUUGGUGUGUUGUCAUAGGCCUUAUUCUCAGAGAAUCUUCAGUUAUCAACCAGGUUUUCAGUAUCAUGCAGUCCUCUGAUAUUGAUGGAGAAAUCUGUCAGAAUAUCAAGACUGGCCUAGAUGCUGUUGAGAAGUGGGCUUCUACAGAUUGCCCUGGGUACAAGCCAUUUCUAAGUAUCAUCAAACCACAGAUCCAGAAACUAAAUGAAAUAGUAGAAGAGCAAGUACAACCAGAAGCAUUUCAGCCAGUGAAUCCUUCUAAGGUUCCUGAACAAGUGAACCCAAGAGCUGAGGAAAGCAGGACUUCAUCUAGCCAUGGCACUAAUCCUCAGAGUGAUGCUGGCAGCAGCAAUGCAAGCAGGCAUGAAGAGGACAAGGCUAAGACAGAGGAUGAGGAUUCAUUCCAAGAAGGCAGUUAUGACUGUGUUGUGUCUUAAAUGGAAGGUGAACAACUUCCAUUUGUUCAGGUGUGAAAGGAAGCAAACCGGCUCUUAGAUCUGCUUCUGUGUUUUGGAUUUGAACUCUUUUUUUAACUUUAUUUGUUUUGAUUUUUUAAUAUUUCAAUCUUUGAAAUUUUUAGUGGGGAUAACUAAACACCAGUUUCAUCUAAUAAUUUCAAAAGGAGGCAUGACUCUUUCUUGAUGCAAUGGCCAGACUGCAGCUUUACAUUUUGAUACUUUAAAUAGUGUUGGAGAGUGCACGCAUGGAGACAGAUUCAGCCAAUGUUCAUCACCUUUACAUCACCAACACGUUCCGAAGAAACUACUUGUAUCUUGCUUGAGUUUAAAAGGCGAAGAGGGGAUUAAAUAUAAAAACUAUUUUCUUUGCAGCUUGCCUGCCUAAUAAAUGUCUGAUCAAUGCAGUUCCAAUUGGUUUGAUACCGAUAUUUUGUAUUAAAGGACUGUAAACUAUAUUGUAUGUUUUUGUGAAUAAUCUUGUACAAAUACUCAAGACUGUACCAUAUUUGGAGGUACCUAUGUGUAUUUGCCUGUUUCUAGAUGACUAGUAAAGUUAAAGCAGAGUUGCACUUCUUUCUGGAUGAGGCAUACUUUACUGACCUAACACUGACACAAGGUGGCUUACCUGUUUUUUACUGCCACUUAACAAAUCUUGUAGUUGGGUUAAGGGACUGCUGAAGGUUAUUUAUUUAAUUGUAAAUUCUUUUCUGAUAAAUGGAUUUUUAAAAUGUAAAUAAUCAUCAUAUACUCUUGCUAUGGAAAACUAGUUUAACAGCUCAUACUUAAACAUUUUUUCAAACAUUUUAUAAUAUGCAUACUUCUAACUAAGACAUAUUUAACUUUCAUACAAUGUUAGGAAAAUCUGGCUGCAGGAGUCUGUUGCUUUGAGGUACUUAUUUUUUCUAGCUGCUGUCCCAAUGUAAUAACUACCUGUAACAGUAUUAAUUUAGAUAUUAGCUUGUUUGUACUGUGCAAUCUGAACAAAAAUGCAACAUUACUCAUUUUAUACACGAUAAACUAGUUUAUUUUUUAUAACAUCACUUGAUUACUGACAUGGACCAAACUAGUCAUCGUAGAGUAGUUACAGCAUCUGUUGCUUUUCUAGUGUAGUUACUAAAUGCACAUCCAUUUAAACUAUGAAAUUAAGACUAUUCACAAUUAAGUUUUAAAUGAAUUGUGAUUUCAUCAUCUUUAUUUCCUUUGUAGAUAAGAUCAAGUGCUUUAAAAUGUACAGAUAUUAAACUGUUGCUUUAGAAUGGCUUUACUAAGCCAAUACAACCAGUACAAGUGCAAUAAUUGCGAGUAUUACGUGGAGAGCUGGAGCUAUUAAUGAAUGCAACUUGAACUUCAUUUUAAGAGUUGAAACUUGAGACUGAAGUUAGAGGAAAGAAACUCAGUCUGAGUCCCAGCAUUAAGCUUAUUCUGCAUUGUAGCUACUGGUUACAGAUAAUGUCUAUCAUACCUACAAGCCUGUUGUGACCUAACGUCAAAAUUCAUUAUUGUUUUAAGGGGAUAAUACUUAAAGCUUUUUUUAUUAUAAAGAAACCUGCUUAAUCUAUGUUAAAAGAAAUAAAAACUGUGCUUCAAGUUAAUAUUUUUCUGUGGUUCUGUGGUAAUGAUAUAAGCCAAGCCCAUCCUGGUCAGCGUUCUGCUGUUCAGGUUUUGGAUCUGUGCAAGUAAAACAUACAUUAACUGAUAUAUUAACAUUCUUAGUAUUCAUAUCUUACUACUGUGCUACUGUUGUAUAGCAGGUAAAUCUUUUUAGUUGUGAAAUUUUAGAGGUUUGUACUUCUUUAGUAGUAAUUAUCUCUAUGCAAAUCUUACAUGCUAAUUUUGUAUUUUGAUUUCACUGCUGUUAUACUUGUAAUUAAAAGACAAAUGUUUCAACUUUA